AAUAGUACAUUCCUUAAAAUCGUCCUAUUAACUUGCUAUUUUUCUCUUUACUGACCCAAACAUACAUCCCUUCGCCCACUCCUAGUUUAGUUUAGUUUAGUUUGGUUUAGAGAUACAGCGCGGAAACAGGCCCUUCAACCCACUGAGUCUGCGUCAACCAGUGAUCCUGUACACCAGCACUAUCCUACACACACUAGGGACAAUUUACAAUUAUACCAAACUAAUUAAUCUUCCAACCUGUACGUCUUUGGAGUGUGGGAGGAAACUGGAGAUCCCGGAGAAAACCUACGCAGGUCACGGGGAGAAUGUAGACACUCCAUACAGAUAAGCACGGAGUCAGGAUUUAACCCGGGUCUCUGCCACUGAGGCAGCAACUCUACUACUGAGCCAUCAUGCUGCCCAGGCUCUUCUUAAUCUCAUCUAUAGACAAACUAAUCUUACCCAAAGAUUUCCUACAUUUCCUAUUGUCUAAUCUCUCAAGUCUAAAAGUAAUGCAUGUUCAAAGUACCUAGAUUUGGGUAGAAACCUAAUUCAUUUUGAAAUAAUGUAUUUAUCAUCAAUUAUCAUGCAAUUACAUUGAGUACUAUACAUUGGCAUACAUAAAUUGCUUUACCAAUAUAAAUGAUCAGUUUUAUUAUUGUUAUCGUUUAUCGUCAAGUUGGGAAAAGGGGAUGUACAAGGAUCUAGGGGUCCUUGUACAUCAGUCUAUGAAAGUAUGCAUGCAGGUACAGCAGGCAGUGACGAAAGCGAAUGGCAUGUUGGCCUUUAUAAAAAGAGGAAUCAAAUAUAGGAGCAAAGAGGUCCUUCUGCAGUUGUACAGAGCCCUAGUGAGACCACACCUGGAGUAUUGUGUGCAGUUUUGGUCCCUUAAUUUGAGGAAGGACAUUAUUGCUACUGAGGGUGUGCUGUGUAGGUUUACAAGGUUAAUUCCCGGGAUGGCUGGACUGUCAUAUGCUGAGAGAAUGGAGCAACUGGGCUUGUACACUAUGGAGUUUAGAAGGAUGAGAGGGAUCUCAUUGAAAAAUAUAAGAUUGUUAAGGGCUUGGACGCACUAGAGGCAGGAAACAUGUUCCAGAUGUUGGGGGAGUCCAGAACCAAGAUACAAGAUACAAUUUAUUUGUCAUUUGGACCCCUUGAGGUCCAAACGAAUUGACGUGACCAGGGGCCACAGUUAGUUUAAGAAUAAGAAGUAAACCAUUUAGAACGUAGACGAGGAAACACUUUUUCUCACAGAGAGUCGUGAGUCUGUGGAAUUCUCUGCCUCAGAGGGCAGUAGAGGCAGGUUCUCUGGAUGCUUUCAAGAGAGAGCUAGAUAGGGCUCUUAAAAAUAGCAGAGUCAGGGGAUAUGGGGAGAAGGCAGGAAUGGGCUACUGAUUGGGGAUGAUCAGCCAUGAUCACAUUGAAUGGCGGUGCUGGCUCGAAGGGCCGAAUGGCCACUCCUGCACCUAUUGUCUAUUGUCUAUUGUCUAUUGUCUAUUGAGAAGGCAUUAAAUAAGUCCUCUCUGUUUGGAUUAAUUAUCCCAGUUUUGACUGCCUUAUGUUUUGUCAAUGACUUGUCUUUUUUUCUAGGAUCAUUCAACUUUGCCCUCCUUUCUGCAUCUGUAAUUGCUUCCAUAAGUGGACUUAUCUUUGGCUAUGAGCUUGCAAACAUUUCGGGAGCGCUUCUGCAACUGACCAUCGAUUACCAGCUUACCUGCAGGAUGCAAGAAUUACUUGUCAGUGCAAUCUUAAUUGGAGGCACAAUGGGUUCCAUUGCUGGUGGUUACAUGAUUGAUCGAUGGGAAAGAAGGAUAGGAAUCGUUCUAACAACUUCCUGUUUUGUAAUUGGCAAUGUCAUUAUGUCUUCCUCUAUGUCCUACCCAAUACUCAUUCUGGGUCGCAUCAUUGUGGGAAUCGCUACAACCUCGGGUGUAUUUUCAGCAUGCAUUUAUCUGUCAGAGAUUGCACCAUUCAACAAAAGAGGAAUGUUGGUUGCUAUGAUUGAAUUCCAGAUUGUUACUGGAGUUUUGUUGGCAUAUGUUGUUAAUUAUGCGUUCGCUAACAUCUCGAAUGGUUGGCGAUGGAUGUUUGGUAUUAAUCUCAUUCCAGCUGUGCUGCAACUCAUUGGUGUGUUCUUUCUCCCAUCAAGCCCUCGCUUUAUGAUUAAGAAAGGCUAUGAUGAAAAGGCAAGUCUCAUCCUAAUGAAAAUCAGAUCCUAUUCCAAUGUUGCCGAUGAAAUAACAACCAUCAAAUCUUCCUUGAGCAAUGAAAGCAAUUAUACAUUUCUGGACAUAUUUCGGACAAAGGAAAACAUAAGGCGACGAGUGGGCAUAGGAUUUGGUUUGGUUAUAUUCUUGCAAGCUUCAGGCCAACCAAACGUUUUAUAUUAUGCAUCAACUAUCUUAAGAUCCGUUGGGUUUGCAAGUGAUAAAACGGCAACCUUAGCUUCAAUAAGUGUAGGGCUGGUGAAAGUGCUUGGCACAGUUACAACAAUGUUCCUCAUCGAUCGAAUAGGACGCAAAGCAUUUCUUUACAUUGGAAGUAUUGGUAUGAUUGUAAUGUUGAUUUUUCUGGCAAUGGUAGUGCAUGAAAUUCCAUUGCAACUCAGGGAUGUCUGCCAUACACCCAAUUAUACUUAUCAUCAGCAAAAUAAUGUCACAUAUUCAAUGCCUGGAUAUAUUUCAACAACUCCCACUGUCUUUGCAUCAAAGGCACAUGUUGGUUCAUCUGAAAUUAGAAACUCUUCAAUUAUGGAACAAAAUAACAUGGGAAAUACAACAACGUCUGUGAAGAAUAGAGAUGGGACGGAACAAGUCUCUCCUUUGUUGAAAUGGCUGUCCCUUGCUUUCCUCCUUACAUAUAUUGCUGCCUAUUCAAUAAGUUUUGGACCAGUGGUGUGGGUACUGCUGAGUGAACUAUUUCCACUUGGGAUAAAAGGCAGAGCUGUAGCUUUCAUAGGAAGCUUGAAUUGGUGUUUGAACCUGGUUAUUGCUCUAACCUUUUUGUCCAUGACAGAUUAUGUUGGGCUGACGUGGAUGUUUCUGAUUUAUGCCAUGCUCAGUUUUGGCGGGCUGAUUUUUAUCAUUUUAUUUAUACCUGAGACUAAGGGUCGGACGUUAGAGAACAUAUCAGAACAACUAGCCAAAGGGUACGAUAUAACUGGAGCUUGCUGUUUGACUGAACAUAUAAAGAAAUUGCUCCCAGAACGAUGUUGGGAACACAAAGGUGGUGAGCACUUAAUCUGGGCUACUGCUACCCAAUACCACACAGAUGGUUUGGAGAACUAUUUUGAUGAUAGUAGUUUGUAACACACAGUUCAAAAUUUAUAUCUUUUGAAGUAAUAUUGCACUAAUAUAAUGUUCUGUUUUCAUUCAUAAUUGUCAAUUAAUUCUCAUUUAUUCUGAAGGAAUGGCCUGCAAAUAUUGGUAGAUGGUAUUUGUUGACAGUCAUAGGCAUGUGCAGCACAGAAAUAGACCCUUCAUCCUAAAUCGUCCGUGCUGACCAAGAUGCCCCAUCUAAGCCAGUUCAAUUUGCCCAUAUCCCACUAAACAUUUCCUAUCCAUCAGCCUAUCCAAAUGUAUUUUAAAUGUUGUUAUUGUACAUGCCACAACGACUUCUUCUGGUAGCUUGUCCCAUAUACCCACCACCCUCUGUGUGAAAUAGUUUCCCUCAGGUUCCUAUUAAAUUUUCCACUUGUUUUAAACCUAAGCCCUCUAGUUCUCUACCUUGAGAAAAAGAUUGUGCAUGCAUUCUAUUGGUUCCCCUCAUGAUUGUAUGCACCGCUAUUAGACCGCCCUUCAACUUCAUGCAUUGCAAGGAAUAAAAUCUUAGCAUGCCCAACGUCUUCCUAUAGCUUAGGCCUUUGAGUCCUGGCAACAUCCUCAUAAAUCCCUGUACCUUGAUUUUGUUUUAAAAAAAGAUAUGUUUCCGCAUGAAAAUGUCUUAAGGUUCCGCAUGGUAGGCUGCUCUGGAAGUUUAGAUUGCAUGGGAUCCAGGGAGAGCUAGCUAAAGGGCCUGUUCCACGAGCAUGCGACUUCAUGCGGCACCAUGCGGCAAGCACGACCUAACGAGGUCCCUUAAGCUGUACGGCCUCGCGGGGCCGGUCCCACUUCGAUCGCCGGAGCCGUAUGGAGUUGUGCGGAGCUGGUCCCGACAUCGUCCCGACCGUGUUCAAAAAUUCCGCGCGGCAAUGGCCUGCCGGCCCGCAGCCGCCUCAACGCCGUACGCACUGCCUCGAUGAGCAUAUGCAGCGUCUUGACACCGUACGCCCGUCUUGACGCCGUACGUCACGCGCGGACUUCGCUCGAACUUCACGUCACUCACUCGACCUCCGCGCGGCCCCCGCUUCUGGUUUGGUUGCGCUCGCCACAUGCAGGCGCAUGCUGUUGGGACCGGCCCUGUACGGGGAUCAAUCGACCUCCAUGCGGCUCCCGCUUCCGGUUUGGUCGCGCUUGCCGCAAGCAGGUCACAUGCCUGUGGGACAGGCUCUUAACUGGAUAGAUAAUUGACUUCAUGGAAGGAAGCAGAGGGUGAUGUUGGAAGGUUGUUUUUUGGGCUGGAGGCUUGUGAAUAGUGGUGCGCCUCAGGGAUUGGUGCUGGGCCCAUUGAUGUUAGUGGUUUAUACCGAUGAUUUGGAUGUAAUGUACGAGGCAUGAUUAAAUUUGCAAGGGAAAUAAAAGUGGGUGGUAUCAUAGGAAGAUAAUUAUCAUAAAUUACAGCACAAUCUUGAUCAGUAGGGCAAGUGGGCUGAGAAAUGGUUAAUGGGGUGUAAUGCAGACAAGUGUGAGGUGUAUUUUGGGGUCAAACUAGCUCAGGACCAUCAUAGUACAUGGCAGGGUCCUGGAGAGUAUAGUAGAACAGAUUGAUUUAGAAGUGCAGCUACAUAGUUUCAUGAAAGUGGUAUCACAGGUAGGGUAGUCAAGUCAACUUUAUUUGUCACAUACACAUACAAGAUGUACAGUGAAAUGAAAGUGGAUGAAUUUCCUCAGCUGCCUGAGGUGGUAAAGGCACUGCCUUGCCCUUCUCACCAGUAUCGCAGUGUGUGUAGUCGAGGUUUUUUGGCACAUAGGCCGUCAACAGUGGUGUGCUGAGUAUAUGAAGGAUGUUAUGUGACAAUUAUACAAGAUGUUGGUGAGGGCAAAUGUGGAGUAUUGUGUUUAGUUUUGAUCAACCUGCUAUAGAAAAGAUAUAGGUUACACAAAAAAGCUGGAGAAACUCAGCGGGUGCAGCAGCAUCUAUGGAGCGAAGGAAAUAGGCAACGUUUCGGGCCGAAACCCUUCUUCAGACUGGAUAAAAAAGAUAUAGUUAAGUUGGAAAGAGAGCAGAGAAGAUUUACUAGGUUGUUACUAGGACUUGAGGGUCUGAACUAUAGAGAGAGGUUGGGCAGGUUAGGACUAUAUUCCUUGGAGCGCAGAAAGAUGAUGGGUGAAAUGAUGGAGGUGUAUAAGAUCUUGAGUGGAAUAGAUAGGGUAGAUGCACCAAGUCUUUUACCCAGAAUAAAACAAUCAGGAACUGAACGAUAUACGUUAUGGGUGAAAGAGGAAACAUUCAAUGGGAUCCUGAGUAGGAACCUUUUCACACAGUAGGUGGUGGAUUCAAGAAACGAGCUGCCAGAGGAGGUAAUUGAGGUAAGUACUAUAACAAAAUUUAAAAGACAUUUGGACAGGUACAGUACAUGGAUAUGAAAGGUUUAGAGGGAUAUGGGCCAAAAGCAGACAAGUGGGAGUAGUGUAGAUGGGACUGCUUGGUCGGUGUGGGCAUCUUGGGCCUCAGGGCCUGUUUCCACGCUGUAUGACUCUAUGUUUAAGAAGGAACUGCAGAUGCUGGCAAAUCGAAGGUACACAAAAAAGCUGGAGAAACACAGCGGGUGCAGCAGCAUCUAUGGAGCGAAGGAAAUAGGCAACGUUUCGGGUCGAAACCCUUCUUCAGACCCUUCUUCUGAAGAAGGGUUUCAGCACGAAACAUUGCCCAUUUCCUUCCUCCAUAGAUGCUGCUGCACCCGCUGAGUUUCUCAAGCUUUUAUUGAGUACCUGUAUGACUCUGUUGCCCAAAGCAAAUGCACUAAAUAAAGGUAGACAAAAAAGCUGGAGAAACUCAGCAGCUGAGGCAGCAUCUAUGGAGCGAAGGAAAUAGGCGACGUUUCAGGUUGAGACCUUUCUUCAGACGAAGAGUCUCGACCCGAAACAUCGCCUAUUUCUUUCACUCCAAAGAUGCUGCCUCACCCGCUGAGUUUCUUCAGCUUUUUUUUCUGCCUUCGAUUUUCCAGCAUCUUGUUCCAGUUCCUUCUGAAAAAUAGUGUGCUAAAGGGUCUCCAAACUAAACUAUCCACUUGGGCAGCAUUCUUAUAUUUGUUCAGUGCAUAUGCUCUCUGGCAGAACGUAACUCACUUAUCUCAGUCCAGAGAGCUCAGGUGCAUUUUUGCAAGGGCCAAAGAAUUCAACACUAAUGGUUAUUGCCUUCCCUGGUGGAGUUUAAUCUGCUGAAUCUAUAAUGCGCUCAACUGUAGAGCACCGGGCCCUGUUUGCUCAGCUAGAACAAGUCUUUCAGCUGAUGGGUUACCUGAACCAUGCUCUGAAGGUUUUCGGCAUUAUUGACAGGAAUAGCCCUCAGGUUAUACGAGUGUGUCACGUUCCCUGGCAACUACCUAGAUCAUUGCAAGCUUGACUGACCGAUAAGCAUGAUGGCUUUUAAAUGUAUUGUGGUGUUGACUUUAUUGUAAUCUUUCUUCACCAAUAAAAUUUGGUUCAUUUUUAACUGCAACCCCCAACCCUAAACGUUCUCAAAUGCAAUCAUUUCCAUCUCUGCAACCUUCUCACCUCGUAUUAACAGCAGAUAGCAAGUGGACAAUUGAUUCCUUCCCAGGAGGUAGGUUUAUGGGUUGAUUAUCUAAGCAAUCUGAUGUGGUUGGGAGCUUCACAGUUAGCUUGUCAUCUCAACAUAGAUGUGGAUUAAAUCAAAUGAAAGGAAACUACCAACAGAGGUCCACUUGAAGUGCCCAGUAAAUGCUUCAUUUUGAUCUCCAACUGAGUUCCUCAUCAUCAUGGAUGUCUGUCAUCAAACAAUUCAAUGCACUGUCAAGCAGAAACCUAGGACACUCCGAGAUAUAAUGCGCAGGAACUCCAGAACUGACAAUGUUUCAAACUAAACUGUUUCAGCAGAUGCUUCCACAUCUCUGCCAAAUUACAAAUUAGCCCGGAUAUGUAAUGCCGACUACUAAAAGCAACAUUUCCAAUCCAACCAUUUAUCAGUCUACCAUUAUUUCUUAGACAAACAAUUGAAGGUAUUUAAGACUCUUACUCAUCAGUAGACUGCUGAAUGGUUGGGCUUUUCCUGGGCUAGUUGACUCGACAUUUUACAUAGUUGAAGUAUGGACAGACUAACAUCUGCAGUAAGUUGUGAAUGGAUCCCUAGACAUCGUGGACAAAUUUAAAAUAGACACAAAAUGCUGGAGUAGCUCAGAUGGUCAGGCAGCAUCUCUUGAGAAAAGGAAUAGGUGACGUUUUGGGUCGAGACCCUCCUUCGGACUCCUGAAAAAGGGUCCUGAGAGAAUUUAACAUGGAUCAUCAAUAAAGAGCCUUAAUAAAACUUGGUCAAUAGAAAAUGUGAAAAAUGUUCCACGAGAAGAUUUACCUGGCAGGAAGAAAGUUGGUUGUGGCUACUCAGGCUAUUCAGCACAGACCCAACAGAAUAUUACACUAGUCCUACAGGACAGUGUCCUCAGUCCAACUGUCUUCAGUUGUUUUAUCAAUGACCCUUUCUCCAUAGUCAGUAGUGGGAAUACUUGUUGCUAUUUUAUAGAGUUUAGUUCUACAAGCAAUGAAGCAGUCUAUACCAUUAUGCAGCAAGUUCAAGAUCACUUUCUGUAUUGAACUGAUAAGUAUCAUUCAUGUCUCAUUGUGCUGAGCUGUGAGCAUUUCCAGAAAGAGUGACUGGAACCACAUCAACCCCCAAACCAUACUCAAUCACCCCUUGACUUUCAACAUUCUUACCACCAUUAACAUCCUUGAGGUCAGAUUCAGAUUCAACUUAAU